CCAUUUCAAUUCCUGGAGAGCAUUACACAUGUGUCCCAUCCCAGGCCUCUAGCCACAGCAACCACACGACUCAUUUCCCCUGGAACUGAGGCUGCAUACCUGGGCUCCCCACAGAGGGGGAUGAUGCAGGGAGGGGAAUCCCACCUGCUGUGAGUCACCUGCUGGUAUAAAGGGCGGGCCUUACAAUGCAGGGACCUUAAAAGACUCAGAGACAAAGGGAGAAAAACAACAGGAAGCGGCUUACAAAGUCGGUGAACAACUGAGGGAACCAAAUCAGAGACGCACUGAACAGAAUCAGGCUCAAAGCAAGUGGAAGUGGGCAGAGAUUCCACAAGGACUGGUGCAAGGCACAGAGCCAGCCAGAUUUGAGAAGGCAAAAAAGAUGCUGGGGAGCAGAGCUGUAAUGCUGCUGUUGCUGCUGUCCUGGACAGCUCAGGGCAGGGCUGUGCCUGGGGGCAGCAGCCCUGCCUGGGCUCAGUGCCAGCAGCUUUCACAGAAGCUCUGCACACUGGCCUGGAGUGCACAUCCACUAGUGGGACACAUGGAUCUAAGAGAAGAGGGAGAUGAAGAGACUACAAAUGAUGUUCCCCAUAUCCAGUGUGGAGAUGGCUGUGACCCCCAAGGACUCAGGGACAACAGUCAGUUCUGCUUGCAAAGGAUUCGCCAGGGUCUGAUUUUUUACGAGAAGCUACUAGGAUCGGAUAUUUUCACAGGGGAGCCUUCUCUGCUCCCUGAUAGCCCUGUGGGCCAGCUUCAUGCCUCCCUGCUGGGCCUCAGCCAACUCCUGCAGCCUGAGGGUCACCACUGGGAGACUCAGCAGAUUCCAAGUCCCAGUCCCAGCCAGCCAUGGCAGCGCCUCCUUCUCCGCUUCAAAAUCCUUCGCAGCCUCCAGGCCUUUGUGGCUGUAGCUGCCCGGGUCUUUGCCCAUGGAGCAGCAACCCUGAGCCCCUAAAGCCAGCAGCUCAAGGAUGGCACUCAGAUCUCUAUGGCCCAGCAAGGCCAAGAUAAAUCUACCACCCCAGGCACCUGUGAGCCAAGAGGUUAAUUAGUCCAUUAAUUUUAAUGGGACCUGCAUAUGUUGAAAAUUACCAAUACUGACUGACUUGUGAUGCUGACUUAUAAGGUUGAGUAUUUAUUAGAUGGGAAGGGAAAUUUGGGGAUUAUUUAUCUUCCUGGGGGCAGUUUGGGGAGGAUUAUUUAUUAUAUUUAUAUUUAAUUAUGUACCUUUUUCAAUAAACACUUAUUUUUAUGGCUA